AUGAUGUUGUCUCUGCAGGAGCUGCACCCCAUCUUCCCCUGGCUGGUGGAGAGCGUGUUUGGAAGUCUGGAUGGGAUCAUCUCUGGCUGGAACCUGCGCCUCCUCCACUCCCGGAGCCACGAGUACGCCAUAGUUUUGGACUUUCUGAACCCCAGCGGCCCGAUGAUGAAGCUGGUUUAUAAAAUCCAGGCUGAAGAAUACAAAUAUGAACUUCCUGUCAACUAUCUCCCGGGUCCUGUGAAGGCCUGCAUCCAGGAGGGCGUCCUCCCAGACUGCCCUCUGUUCCACAACAAGCUGCAGUUCCCGCCGCCAGGCGUCAUGACUCCGAACAUCGCUCUCAAUCCUUUUGAGUUCUUCAUGUUUCAUUUGGCCUACUGCCUCGUCGCUCCCAGGAACUGCCUCCAGCCUCAGCUCAGCAGCUCCACAGACAGCGCCUACUUCGUGCUGGUGGACAUGUACCUGAAGUACUUCCUCCCCGUCGAAGGAAGCGUCCCUCCGUCUCCGUUCUCGGACGCUAGAGGCUCCGUCACGGCUCCGUCACCACGAGCCUCCAGCGUGUCGUUUGCUGGUUACGGCGUUCAUAGCCCCAGCCUCCUGAAGCACCAUAUUUUCCACCAGCCGUCUGUGAACGCAGACCCUGCAGCCCAGGAGAUCUGGAGGUCUGAGACGCUGCUGCAGAUGUUCGUAGAGAUCUGGCUCCACCAUUACUCCUUGGACAUGUACCAGAAGCUGCAGUCUCCUCAGCUGGCCCUGCUGCAGUACCGCCUCAGUAUGUCCAGCAUGCCGUGCCAACCCCACGCCCCACCAGGCUCUGGGACCUUCCACACCUACCAAGAGCCCUUCAGUCCAUCAGAGGAACACGUGUUGGUGGUGCGCCUCCUGGUGAAACAUCUGCACGCCUUCUCCAACAGCCUGAAGCCCGAGCAGCCGUCCUCAUCGCCAUCAGCCCACUCCCACCCCAGCCCACUGGAGGAGUUUAAGAGGGUGGUGGUGCAGCGUUUCGUGCAGCAGAAGCUCUACCUGUUCUUGCAGCAUUGCUUCGGACACUGGCCUCUGGAUGCCUCCUUCAGAGCGGUGAUUCUGCAUCUUUCUUUGCUCUCAUCUGCUGAGAUUUCUGAGAAUCUCUCUGAUCCUGGUCUCUGCCCAGGCGAGCAGCUGUUCCUGGAGCCGGACCACGUCCUUCACCACCGCCAACCUCGUGGAUACCUCACCCCGAGCCAGGGCGGGAGCUACCUCUCCACACGGCAACGGGUGGUGAUGGAUACGGUGUUCAAGGUGAAGAGCCAUGUGUAUUCCCUGGAAGGGCAGGACUGUCAGUACAAGCAGAUGUUCGGCUCUGAGGUCAGAGGAGCGGUCAUGAAGUUCAUCCAGAUCAUCGCCCAGGCCCGGCAUACGGCGAAGAGGAUAUCGGAUCACUCUAACGAGGCGUUCCAAGCCCACAUGAGCGCUCUGUGCUCGCGCUCAGACUUCCUGGGUCGCCUCGGCCGCCGCUUCCUAACGGAACCGGAGCCCUCGGUCCGGUUGAAGCGGAGCCCGAUGUCCCGGCGGACUCUGGAGCGAAGCCUGCAGCCGCGGCUCAGCCUGCGCCCGCUGGCCAGCUACAGGACGCUGCUGCUGCUGCUCCUCUUCUACGCGCUGGGGGCCCUGCUGUCAUUCGGGCCCCUCUCCAGCACGGCCCUGCUCCUGACGGGGGCGCUCCUGUACGGAGUGGCGAUGACGCUGUUUGUAGAAAAACUGAAAACUCAGUGAGACAAACCGCCACCCGGAACAUCAAAAACACUUCAUGGUUCCAGCGAACCUGCAGCUCAUUCUGGGAUAUUUCUAAUGUAAAUAUUUUUAUUUUUUGAGAGCUUUUCGAAGAACCUGCAGGCCAAAAACUUUAAAUAAAGUAUUUUUUCUCAGC